AUGGUGGAAACAAGAAGCUCCAAGAAACCAACCCAAUUGGGUAACAAAGAAGAUCAAAACCCUAGAAAACUCUACUCUCGUUUCAUCUUCAAAGCUCUUAUCCUCGCCGCGUUCUGCUCCGUCGUACCUGUUUUCCUUUCUCAGACGCCGGAGCUCGCUAAUCAAACCAGAUUCCUCGAGCUUCUCCACCUAGUUGUCGUUGGCAUCGCCGUCUCUUACGGCCUCUUUAGCCGCCGUAACUACGACGGAGGAGGAUCAAACAAUAACGAUCAUCAUAAUACUAAUACGCAUGACUACGUGCCUGAGAUUCUUGAGGUAUCCUCUGUUUUUAACGUGGAGCACGAGAGUGAAUCUGAGCCUUCCGAUGAUUCCUCCGGUGAGCACCGUAAGUUUCAGACAUGGAGGAACAAGUACCACAUGGAAACUCCCGAGAUUGUUCUUUCUAAAGAUCACGAGACUCGUUUCGUCGAUCGAGUUGGUUCAGGGAUCAAAGAAAAGCCUCUGCUUUUGCCCGUUCGGAGCUUGAAUAAUUCGCGGGUUUCUGAUUCCGAUCGAUGGGAAAAAGUGAGAUCAAAGAGACAACUCCUCAAGAGUCUCGGUGAUGAUAACAGUGAUGUGCUUCCUUCUCCGAUUCCAUGGAGGUCUAGGUCAUCAUCAUCAUCAAAGGAGAUUGAAUCUCAGCCUUCCGUUAAGAAUCUUGCUACAGUUGAAUUACAGCCGUUGAUCAAGAAUCUGACACCAUCUUCCUCUCUCUCUUCUUCUCCAAGAAAGUUAACGCCUUUACCUAAUCUCGCAUCUGAGUCUGGAGCGAAUUUCCACGGCGAGUUUCACCCCUCUCCGCCACCUCCUCCUCCACCACCACCGCCGCCGUUACCAGCGUUUUACAACUCGGCGUCGAGGAAGGAUUAUCCUCCCGGAAUUUACAGGAUUAAGCCGAGAGAAUCAGUUCAUAAGACGAACUUUUCCGGCGGUGAGUUUCAUCCUCCGCCGCCGCCGCCACCACCACCUCCGGCGGAAUAUUAUAAGACACCUCCGACGAAGCUCAGAGUAAGUAGCGAACGGAGGAAAUCGUCGGAGCAGAAGAUGAAACUCGAUGAGCGUUCAGCGAAAAGAAACUCUCCUAGAAAAGUCUGGUGGUCGGAUCCAGUCGUGGAAUCCAAGGAAGAGAGAAUUAUCAGAGACACUGAGAAGAAUGAUGGAAGAAGUUACUUGGAAAGCAAGGCAGUUGAGGAAGAACAUAGGAGGAGCAGUGAAAAUGAGAACCACGACGAGGAAGAGAAGAAGAUAGAAGAGGAAGGAGUUUGUGGGAGCAACAAUGGGAGUGACGUGGACAAGAAGGCUGAUGAAUUCAUUGCAAAGUUCAGAGAACAAAUUAGGUUACAGAGGAUUGAAUCCAUCAAGAGAUCUACUAAUAAGAUCUCUGCAAAUUCUUCGAGGUAG